UAUAAGUAAGUCGGUUAUAUUUAGAAAAAGUUCCAUAAUACAGACGCCCCUUGACACCCUUUGAGACUAGUCUGAAAAUGUUUUAGUUUUCUGCCCUCACGUUAGGCCUACCUUGGUUUUGGCAAUUAAUUAAAUGGCAUUGCUUAGUUACAGAUACUAGAUAGGCCUAUAUAAUUGCUUCCAUAUGUUUCAUAAAUUCUAAAACCAUUUUAAUUUGGACGGAGGCGUGCCACCGUCCCUCUGCUGCAAGAGGGGCGGGCUUGAGUCGUAAGGCGCCCAAAAUGGACAGAGUGGAUGCCUUCUCUGUGUUCUUCAACGUUCAGGUUCCUACAUAUCCCAAGGCGAAGUCCGGCCCAACUCUUCCUCUGUUCCCUAGAACUGUGGGGCCUGACGUCCGCGCCCCGGUAGCGGGGCAGACGUCGGACCCCACAGUUCUGGGGGUAAAUCCUGCCCAACAUGCCAAAGGCAAUCAAGUUGGUAAAGCUGGGUUUUAAUUUAAUAUUUUUUUUUUUUACAUAGGCCCUGUAUGGGCUACACACAUGACAUCCUCGGACAAACAUUGGGUCGGUUAGUAUAGGCCUACUUAGCAUUUGUAAAAUUCGAACUGUAAUAACCCUGAUAGGCCUAACACUAUACGUAACAGUGAGUUCAAAGUCCUGUAUUACUGUUACAUAAAAUCCAAUCGUUGGCCUGCCCUGCCCUCGUACCUUAGCACAGUAAACUAUGAAAGGUUGAACAAUCAUCCUCCACACAAUGACUACCACUGGUACCAGGUGUUCACACAUUUUCAGUUGACAGCAGUUUCUUUUUGUGUUCUGAAUAACUUAAGUGACCGUGAGCAGAAAAGGAAGGAAGACCGUUUGUAAAGACAACUGCAAGCAUUUAAAUGACUUCAUUGCUUUUAAAACCAAGCGAGAAUAUAAGACAUCAUGAGUUCUGUGGACGGUAUUGUUGAACAGGAUGUCAACAAGAAAACGAGUGAUAACGGGUCCUGGCUAAGACGUCAUGAUGUCAUUGCUUGGUUUCUGAAUAUUCUUUUCCUCAUUGCUGUCUUGGGAGGUAUGUUUGGGUUUGGUGCUCUUCGGGGCUGGAAUGCAAACUCUGGCUGGACCCACAAUGAGAGUUUGACAUCGGAAGAGCGAUUCUUACCUGAACCAUUCAUCGAAGAACCUGGUGUAAAAGGGCGUUAUGGUGCUGAUGCAUCUGGUCGUUGGUAUUAUUGGAAGCUACCACCAGAUCAAGUUACAGCAUUGUCCAGGGCUGCUGUCUGGCUGUGCUAUUCUUGUCAUCAGUUGCUUAUGUGGGGCUGUAUCUUCUAUGGUCAGAAAAAGAAGUUAGUUUGGCAGUCUAGUACAGCGCCUCGUUACUCUGGGAAACUGGAAACCUUUAAUUAUGUGGCACUGACUGUCAAUGUUGUGUUUCACCUCUUACAUUUUGGGCAAACCCACUGGACAUAUGAUGCAACAGCACAAGAUGUCUCAGUUGCUAGCUCUCAGAGCUCUGUCAUCAUGCUGAUUGUUCUGGUCUUGGUGUUAGAAUACCGUGAUCGAGGUCUUGCAUUUGGUUGGCCGACCGUCAGAAAUACAGAUCGUGUUAGUCGGUUCCUCCGUCUUCCUAAUGGUACAGUGAAUCUUCUACGCAAGUACCACGGCUAUGCCUUUGCUUGGGCAGCUAUCUAUACCUUCUGGUAUCAUCCCAUGGAGAAUACCUGGGGCCAUGCUUUUGGCUUUGCUCAUACCUUCAUCAUCAUGCUCCAAGGUAGUCUGAUCUAUACCAACAUGCAUUUAAAUCGUUAUUGGCGUCUAGUCUUGGAAUCUUGGGUGAUUAUCCAUGGUAGUAUCGUAGCAUCUCAGACAGGUGGCCCAGAUCUCAAUGGUACCCUUCUUUGGCCAAUGUUUUGCUUUGGUUUUCUCUGGAUUUUCACCAUGACACAGCUUUAUGGACUUCCAUUCUGGAAGAAGCUUCCAGUCUGGGUUCGACCGACACCCUUUGUAGUGUACCUAGCAGCAACCAUUGGGGUAUACUCUACUCUUCCUGAUCGUGAGGGACGCUACUGGGUGAGAUUAAAUGAGAUCAUCCGCAUUCCAGGCAUUGAGUACCUUGCUGCAUUAUUUACUUGGAUUGUCAUUGAGUUCUUCUUAUUCAUUGAAAGAAAGGCUCAAGGCAAUGGGAGACCAGACCCACUCAGCCCAGCACUUGAAGCUGUAUAUAUCAUGGCCGUUCUCUUUAUCUAUGUCUUGAUGGUAGUACUUAGCAUUCUCAUCCAGACUCUAGACUUCCAAAUUCCUUUAUUUGUGCUGAUGGUUAUUCUUGUCUUCAUCUUUAUUGUGAGUGUAUCUGUUUCCAAUAUGUUGUUGAAGCAGUGUUUCCGUCGACCUGCUGGUAAAGCUACAGUGGCACCUGACGAUGAUAAGAAAGACAUAGCCACAACUACUUGUGAUACCAGUGAAGAAGAGAAAGGCAUGGAGAAUUUAGCACUUGAGUAGAGGAAUUUGAGUGGUAGAAAAAGUAAGAAAAAAAUCACUUGAAAAUAUAAUUCAUUGUAGUUACAGUGUAGUUUUGUAUACUGUUUUUGGUCAGAUUUAUGCCUUGACAUUUCAGAAUUUUAAUUUUAUUCCCUUGUGUAAAGCACUUACUAAAAACAGGUUGGUAAUUCUAGUCAUAAUUUAUUAAGUAGAAAUUAGGAAGAAAAUUUUUAAAAGUGUAAAGUAUAAUUCCAUUUUAUGAUGUAAAAUUUGUCUUUCAUGCAGAAAUGUUAAUGGCUGUAUUUCCAACUUGGUUCUCAGGACUUGAUUAAAUUUGAUACUUCUGCAGGAUGACCAAAUGUUGAUAUUUUGUGUAUACUGUUAGUGCAGUGAAAAACUUAAAAUUGUUGGCUGCCAUGUUUAGUUACUAAUGUGUAACAGUUCAAUAUUCCAAAAAGUAUAUUUUGUGUAAAUUUGUUGUGAUUGUAACGUGCAAUCAUUCGGGUAUAGAUAUUAAUUUGUAUUGCAUAAAAAAGAAAAAAAAUUACAAAAGCUCUUAAAUUUUCUGGGACGAAUUCUCAGCAAGAAAUACUACAUGAUGUUUCACUCAAGGGAUUUUACUGUAGAUGUUCUUGUGGUCAUUACAUCUGUUAGAUUUAGCUUGCUUCUUUGUACAUGGGUAAUUCCAGAAAUCAGGGGUCAGAUUUAUUUGUCUGACAUAUGAUUUUGUAUUAAAGUAUAUUAUUAUUUUGGGAACUGAUAUGCCAUUAUGGUUCUGGCACUUUGCAUUAGCAAGAAAAAUUGGGCACUGGGUUCUUUGGUGCAGUGAACUUCAGUUUUUGGUGAAUAGUAUAUUUAGUUCUUCACAUGUUUGUGUUGAAAAACAAAUAUACCGUCAGUAGCCACUAAACUUCCACAUAAGGUAUGUAUUUUAAUUAUGACCUUGUACACGCUAAUGGAAGCUAGACUCAUGGUCAGUUGAAACUAUUCUUCAGCAAGCAGUGAAGCUGAUCAGGGUAUUACAAUAAUUUUUUGGGGGGGAUGCUGAGCCUUACUAAUUCUAGUACUGCUUCCUUGAUAAGCAUUGAAUGCUAAGGGCUAGUUCUGGGCUGACCCUUUAUCAGCACAGGACACAAAUAUUUUAUCUUGAUUUACAUACAAUCUGCUCCUGCUACCCACUGAUGUUUUUUUUUGUCCAGAGUCAGAGUUGCCUUUUCAAUUUGUCCUUGAGGAAUGCGUACAAAUGGAAUGUGAUUUAUUUGUCUAUUGUGUUCCUUCUCACAUGCAGGAAACAAAAGAACUCUCCAGGUUUUCCCAUGACACCAGUCUGAAUACCUUUCGUUGACCCAUUUACUUAUCAGUUAGUUGUCCAGUUCUUGUGCUCUGUAUAGAUUAGGAAAUUGAACUGCACCAGUUGUUGAGGCUGUUUUGAGGUAACUGCUGGCAUUAUGCCAUCAGUUGACUCCCCUAGACCAAGAGAUGUUAGUGCACGGAGAUGUGAUACCUACGUCACUGUUGUACUUUGAAAGUCUAUGACGCCAUC